AUGAAAGCAGAGGCUAUCUCUGACCUCGAGCAAUGUGCUGAAGACAUCUCCCUGCUUCUUUUUGAUCUCACCUCUUGUCUUGCUGAUGACAAAGAGGGGGAGAAUAACCAGCGUCAGAAAAUUGUUAUGGAGAAUGCCAACAAUCCUCCUGAUGUCUUUGAUGUUGAACCUAUCUCUCUUAUCCCUCAUGCUGAGGAUGCCAUCACAUCCAACGAAGCUGAAGAUGUUACUAACGUUGAGGAUGAUGAUGAUGUCGUGAUAGCUCCAGCUAUGCACGAAGACCUUCCCAUCACCUCUACACUAAGUGCUGGUGAUGAGGAAAGUGAUGAUGAUGAAGAAGAUGAUGAAGAUCUUCUUCUACCAGACGUUGGAAAAGAUCUUGGACACGAUGACGAUGAUGAAGAUGAAGAGGAUGACGAUUUACAAUCAAAUACCAUGAAAGAUCGGCUCUGGCUUAGAAAGGGUGUCUCUCUAAGCGAAUCAGCUUCCCAGUGGGAGAGAACCACCAAAAACUAG